AACCAGACUCUCACUCUGACCACGGGAUGAGUCCUUCAGUGGAACCAGACCCAAAGACGUCCAAACCAGCAAGACCACACCAUUGCUCCCAGUGUGGAAAGAGUUUUACUAAGUUACGAAACCUAAAAGAGCAUGAGAGGACACACACAGCAGAAAAGCCUUUCCAAUGUUUGCAGUGUACAAAGAGUUUCUGCUGGUUAGGGAAGCUAAAAGUACAUGAGAGAAUACACACAGGAGAAAAACCUUACCACUGCUCUCAGUGUGGAACAAGUUUUACCCAAUUAGGGACCCUAAAAACACAUGAGAAAAUACACUCUGGAGUGAAGCCUUACCACUGCUCUCAGUGUGGAACUAGUUUUACCCGGUCAAGGGACCUGAAAGAGCAUGAAAGAAUACACACAGGAGAGAAGCCUUACCACUGCUCACAAUGUGGAAAAACGUUUACCUGGUUAGGUAGCUUGAAAACGCAUGAGAGGACACACACAGGUGAGAAGCCUUACCACUGUUCCCACUGUGGAAAGAGCUUUCCCCUAUUGGGGAAUCUGAACAACCAUGAGAGAACGCACACGGGAGAGAAGCCUUACCACUGCUCCCAUUGUGGAAAGGGUUUUGGACAGUUGGGGCAUUUAAAAGUGCAUGAAAGAACACACACAGGAGAGAUGCCUUACCAGUGCUCCCAUUGUGAAAAGGGUUUUGGACAAUUGGGGCAUCUAAAAGUGCAUGAAAGAACACACACAGGGGAGAAGCCUUAUCAAUGCUCCCAUUGUGGAAAGGGUUUUACCCAAGUAGGGAGCCUGAAAACACAUGAAAGAACACACACAGGAGAGAAGCCUUACCAAUGCUCGCAUUGCGGAAAGGGUUUUACCCAGUUAGGGAGCCUGAAAUCACAUCAGAGGAUACAUACACGGGAGAAGAAGACCCCAGGAAGGGCAGCUGCUAAUGGGGAUCCAUAAUAAAAAAAUAAAAAAUACAAUACUCCCAGUGUGGAAAUAGUGUUGGACAAUUAGAGCACCUGAAAUCACAUGAGUUACUAGAGACUGUGUUCUGAGUUAUGUUUUUGACUGAGAAAGUGUUUUUGUUCAUGCCACAUGAAACCUAAUUGUCUGAAAGAUGGGGUUUUUCCCAGUACAAAUUUGAUUAAAAUGUUAAAAUGUGUAUUUUAUUUUGAUUAUGAACUUUGAUUGAUCGGAUACAAGUAUAAACCUUUAGAUAUUGCUUGCUAUAUGAUUUUGAUAUUUAAAAAUGUAAACUAUUCAAUAUAUUAAUAAAAUGUACAUUUCUUGACUAACCUUGAAACCUCUUGAAUUUAGUUUGAUUUAUUUUAGUUAAUUUGUGUACUCAUAAGAGCUAUAUUGUGUAUAGAAAAGUAAAUAUAUUGGAAAUGUAUAUAAAAUAGCUUGGUUGAUUUAUGAUUGUGGAGAAUGAUCUAGAAUUAUGUAGAAAUGCGUAUUAAUGUAUGGAAACCAGGCCAGGAGUUUUUGUAUGGAGAUCAAUGAGAAAGUUUUGAAUCUGGUAAACAAAAACAUUAAUGGAUUAUUUGCUCCAUGUGCAUUUGAUAUAAUAUACAUUUUGUAAUGCUUAAGUUGUUAGGAGUGUACUAACGUAAGUAGGACACGUGACAUCCCGGCAACUUUAUAUCGGAGUUUUGCCUGUUGUUUACACACGUAUCUGCCCUCUCAUUGGCUACAAUUGUCCCACCUGGUCUUGCCUCCUCCCGACUGCCUUCCAUUUUUGAAGACAUUUAUUUUCAUUGUUAAAGCGGCCACUUGAGUAUAUGGACAAUAUAAUGGAUAAUCUGUGGUUGAGCUAAUUAGGACAGCUGAUUGGGGCUUGAUAUAUAUAUAUAUAUAUAUCAUACUGUGUUUUAUACCAUCUAUUGCAUCUUGC